UCAAUUGGGAUCAAAACAAAUCAUUCGAAUCGAAUCAGAAUCGAAUGAUUCGAUUCGAUUCGAUUCACUCUCAGUCGCGUUUCUCACUCAAGCCUUUUUCUUUUUUGUUGCCAGUUCCCUCCUCCUUCGCCAUCGCUGAUGAGAGAUUGAUAGAUUGAACGAUUGAAGUAAGAUGGACAACCACGAGCCUUACCACGACGACGCUGACGACGACGAGGAUGAGAAUGGAGACUUUCCGUCUUCGUUUUCGGCAGGCGGUCGUAUGCAACCCAUGUCCGUGGCGGCGGGUGGUGACUUUGAUGCAAGCGACGGAAGCGACAACAGCAAAUCGACGCGCAAAGCAGUGAUCGCCACCUUGAUAUCGAUCGUCUUUUUGGUGGUGGGUCUGCUGUGGACCCGAGACGAAUCCAAAGAUGGCAAAUCCCGUCCCACAGUGAUUCCCGAUGGUACCGAUCGAGGUCAUUUGAAUGGAUUUGGCGAUUCCGUCGACAGUCAGGACGAUGAUCCUUGUCAAGGCUACGAUACGUCCUAUUACACCGACUUGAUUUGGCGGGUAGAAGCCAUGAACGAAACGGAUCCUCUCCUCUGUCAAUCCACCAAUACAAAAAAGUGCGAGUGUCUGCAUCCGUUGCGACCCCAACUGCAAUCGACUCAUCCGGGAUGGAAAGUAGUAGUUCAAAUGAAUGUCGAUUUAUUACAACAGAAUUAUUCCACACUCCAACCCGAUGUGGUGCUCUACGGAGAUUCCAUGGUCGAACAUUUGAUUGGACGCAAUUACGGACACCAUUCCGUCGAUUAUCAGGACACGGCCGUCAUUACCAAACAACUCAUGACCAAACGAGGUGGCGGACAUAUUAAUGCAUUGCCCAUGGGGAUUGCGGCAGAUCAGAUUGCCAACCUGCUCUAUCGCAUAUCCUCGGGUGGAGAAAUGCCCGAAUCACUCCAUCCCAAAAUUUGGUGGCUCAUGAUUGGAACCACCGAUCUGCAAAUGGGAUGUUCCAUUGAUGCCGUCGUAGCGGGGGUUAUUCAUAUUGCUCAAACCAUUCUCAAAGAUAACCCACACCAGACAUUGACGCCCAUUGUACUCAAUUCACUACUGCCACGAGGAGAACACGAUUUGUUUGCGGAAGACAAUGCCUGGAAAAAUGUCAUUGCACCCGUCAAUCAACGGCUCGCUUGUUUUGCACAACUCACACCGGGUGUUGAAUUUGUCAAUUCCACCAAUCUAGUGGUUACUACUACUUCCGACAGCGAGGAGGGCACCCAUCUCAAUGAAUCCCUCGUGAUGGUCGAUCACGUUCAUCUCAACACGGAAGGAAAUCGAUUGUGGGAACAACAGAUUGUAUCCAAUGUCAUGGAGUUGAUGGUGUAAACAACAGCAAUUCAAAGCAAUCCAAUCAAAUGUGGGAAACUCACACACAUACACACACAAGUUGAAACCAACAAUCUACUCGACUUGACUGAUGGUGCGAACAAGUCUCAAGUCAAGCGGCCAAUAACAGUCAAGAGCUUUUGCCUUGAGUCUCCGUUUUCUAUGGCUUCCCGGCACAACGAGCGGACCGACUUGAGCUCUACCAUCCGGAAAUAAGGGCCCCAUAACAAAGACGCAAAAGGGCUCAUGCCACUUCACUACCGGCGCUACACAAUCCGUCCCGGCUUUUGGCUGGCUGUUGCAUUGUCCGAGAAAAAAAGGCAAUCAAAAGACAACCCACAUUGCGUGUGUGAUAGAUAUAGUCAUAGUUUAUGUACUACAACGGUCUUCCAACAAAU